AGCUAAGGUAUAGAGAAUAUGAAACGGUAGAGAAAGAGAGACAGCGCGCACUUCGCUGCUGAUAAAUCCACUCACUGCAAGAAAAUUGCUGUGAUCAUCCUUCGUUCAUUUUUUUUUUCUUGUUUUCUAUGUUUUUUUUUUUUUAAUGAUGUUUUUUAUCACGCAAAAGUGAAAGUUCUUCGGAGGUUGCUCAUUCGUUUUCCGAGGAACAAAAAAUUAUAAAAUCGAUGUUUCUCAAAAUUAGUUCCUACGAAAUAGCUGUAUCCAAUUAGCCAAAUUUGAACAUCAAGUUUUUCUUCGCAUCUUCUUUUCUUUUCUUCGUCCGAUCGAGUCUUUCUUCCGGUCAAACAGAUUAAAGAACGAAUUCAAUCACACUGGAAAGAAGCGUAUGGGAUCUACAUGGAUUGUGUUGUUGUUCUGUUUUGCGUGGGUUCUUGCGAUGGCUUCUGCAGAAAGAAGCAUUACGAGAACGGAGGCGACACGGUUUAAUGUUACCGAAGAUCCUGCACAGAAUUUUCUCAUGAGAGCUGUUAAUUUCUUGUGGCAAUCCGAGGAUUCAGGGUAUCGUCAUGUGUGGCCGGAUUUGGAAUUUGGAUGGCAAAUUGUUGUAGGCACUUUCGUUGGGUUUUGUGGAGCGGCUUUUGGAAGUGUGGGUGGUGUUGGUGGAGGUGGCAUAUUCGUUCCUAUGCUCAGCCUAAUCAUUGGAUUUGAUCCUAAAUCAGCCACAGCUAUUUCUAAAUGUAUGAUCAUGGGUGCAGCUUUGUCAACAGUUUACUACAACCUUAAACUGAGGCAUCCUACGUUGAAUAAGCCAAUCAUAGACUAUGAUUUGGCUCUUCUCAUUCAACCAAUGCUCAUGCUAGGCAUCAGCAUUGGAGUGGCCUUCAAUGUUGUAUUUCCUGAUUGGAUAGUGACGAUAUUGCUCAUUGUUCUAUUCUUAGGCACCUCAACAAAAGCUUUCUGUAAGGGGGUUGAAACCUGGAAAAAGGAAACCAUAAUGAAAAAGGAGGCUGCUAGGCGACAAUCCAACGGUUCUGGAGGUGAAGUUGAAUACAAGCCUCUUCCAAGUGGACCAAAUGGUGUCCCUGUGAAGGACAUCAAGAGUGUCACCGUUGAACAUGAGGUGACUAUCAUUGAAAAUGUAUGCUGGAAGGAGUUUGGACUUCUUAUGUUUGUUUGGAUUUCGUUCCUUGCACUACAGAUUGCCAAGGAAAAGUAUACGACAACUUGUUCAACAUGGUAUUGGGUACUGAACUUGUUACAGAUUCCUGUCUCGGUUGGGGUAACUGCAUAUGAGGCAGCUGCCUUGUUCAGUGGACGCAGAGUAAUAGCUUCCACGGGAGAAGAAGGGAAAGAUUUCAGUGUUUUACAGCUAAUUGUCUAUUGUGUCUUUGGCAUACUGGCUGGCGUAGUUGGUGGCAUGUUGGGACUAGGAGGAGGAUUCGUUAUGGGCCCACUUUUUCUCGAGCUGGGAGUCCCACCUCAGGUGUCAAGUGCCACAGCCACCUUUGCAAUGACCUUUUCCUCAUCUAUGUCAGUUAUAGAAUACUACCUAUUGAAACGUUUUCCAGUUCCUUAUGCUGGGUACUUCACCCUUGUGGCUGUCAUUGCUGCUGUGGUUGGACAGCACAUUGUGAGAAAAUUGAUCAUCAUUUUUGGAAGAGCAUCUCUUAUUAUCUUUAUUCUAGCCUCUACAAUAUUUAUCAGUGCAGUUUCAUUAGGUGGAGUUGGUAUUGCAAAUAUGAUACACAAGAUAGAAAAUGAUGAGUACAUGGGGUUUGAGAAUCUCUGCAAGUAUGGAUAAUAGCGAAUUUUGGAAUAUUAUUCUGUCCUAUUUGCAGCAUUAUUGGUGAGAUCAAAUCUCCAGUGGCCAAAAUUGACUUUCAAUUAUUGGCAUGGCUUCAACUAUGUUGGUGAUGUGUCAUUAUGGACAGCUUCUGUGAAGUGAUGUAGUGAGGGAAAUAUUCCGAAUAUUCAUUUUUUUGAUUUAGAUUUUUUUAAUGACGACCACUUUUAAAUUUUUUUCUUAAAUAUGUAGUUCCUUCUAUUAUUUAUUUCCG